AAUAAAAUUACUCCAAAUUUAAAAAUUUCGAAAAUAUACUUUAGCUUUUACCAAUAAUAUUCACCUCAUCUUCUCUCUCUCUUUGCCGGUAUUGAACGCCCGCACCACCUCAACCACCGCCGUCUCCAGUACCCCCACCGCAGCCGACGGCGUCGUUUCGCAAGUCUUUUGCAGAUUCUCAGAUCUCUUCAACUUACCCCUCUCUUUAAACUUUCUUCAUACGCAGCUCCUUCUGUAACUUCAAAAAUCAAACUGUAAAAACCGCCUUUGACUUCAGGUUAUGUAUAUGUCUCAUCAAUUUUCCUUAGGGUUUCUCGUCAAUUUUUCGCAUCAUUUCUUCUACAUGUACAGAUACAAUUUUAGGGUUUCGAAUUAGGAUUUUAGCAAGCAUUUUCGAUUGAAUCAACUUUGCAUAUACUUACAAGUCAGCGCGAGUGUUGCAGUUAGGGUUUCGAAUUAAAAAAGGUUUUAGGGUUUAUCGAUCUGAUUAUUGGCGAUGCCGAGUUAGUGUUUUUGUAUAAUGAUAGACUGACAAUGGUGAGGCUUCUAGGUCUUAGUCUCAGAGGAUCUGACGAGUUACCUAGAGAGAUCACUUCAAGAAAUAAUAACCUUAUUAGUGAGUCUGGUGAAAGUGGAUGGUUAAUUAGGUUCUUUGACUCGUCGUUUUUCUGUGAGUGGAUCGCUGUAAGCUACCUCUACAAGCAUGAGCAUGCCGGGGUGCGUGAUUAUCUUUGUAAUAGAAUGUAUACGUUGCCGUUGUCAGGCAUUGAGAGUUACUUGUUUCAAAUUUGUUAUAUGUUGAUACAUAAGCCGAGUCCAUCUUUGGAUAAAUUUGUUAUUGAUAUUUGCUCUAAGUCCUUGCUUAUAGCUUUGAAAGUUCAUUGGUUUUUGUUGGCUGAGAUUGAGGAUUCUGACGAUAAUGAAGGAAUUAGUAGGAUUCAGGAAAAAUGUCAGAUUGCAGCUACAUUGAUGGGCGAAUGGCCCCCACUUGUGAGGCCGCCUAAUGAGUCUUCAAGUCCUGGGAGUAAGAAUCAGGUCUUGAAUAGAAUUCUAUCAUCAAAACAGAAGUUACUGUCACUGACAUCUUCGCCACCUGUGAAUAAGUCAUUGUCAUUUUCAAAGUCACCAGGGAAUAAUGUGCAGGAGGAUGGGAAUCCUACAUCACCUGAUGAGAACAAGAUUUUUAAGAAGUUUAUUCCGGGUCCAAAGGUUAGAGAUGCUUUGUUGUUUAGGAAAUCAGUGGAGAAAGAUGAAAAUGAGGGUGAUAAAGAUGGAUUUUUUAAGAGGCUUUUGAGGGAUAGUAAUAAAGGUGAGGAUGAUGAGUUGACUUCAAGCUCUGAUGGAUUUUUCAAGAGGUUUUUGAGAGAUAGUAAUAAAGGGGAGGAUGAGGAGUUGACAUCAACCUCAGAUGGCUUUUUGAAAAGGCUAUUGAGCAGUAAAGGUGAGGAUGAGGAGUUGACAUCAACCUCAGAUGGCUUUUUGAAAAGGCUAUUGAGCAGUAAAGGUGACGAUGAGGAGUUGACGUCAAGCUCAGAAGGGUUUUUUAAGAAGUUGUUUCGUGAUAGCAAGAGUGAUGAUGAUGAUAAGUCACUUUCUAAAUCUGUGGAAGAUGAUGACAAGGAUGGGUUCUUUAGAAAAUUUUUCAAGGAGAAGUUUGAGGACAAGAAGGAUGGAAUUGAGAGGAAUGAGCGUGAUGAAAGGGUGACUAUUGAAGAGAAAUGUUCAAAAUCUGCUGAGGAUGAUGAAAAAGACGGGUUUUUCCGUAGAUUUUUCAAGGAAAAGUCUGAGGAGAAGAAAGAUGGAAUUGAUAAAACUGAUGAGGCAAAUAUCAACGGUGAGGAAGAAGAAUCUUCUGAUUUUUCAUUGUUUAAAAGGUUGUUCCGCGUGCAUCCUGAAGAUGUCAAAAAUACUUCUGUAAAUGAGAGUAGCAACGGUGGCUUGUAUGAGGGCAGCCCUGGAACAGAGAACUUUUUUCGCAAAUUGUUUAGAGAUCGUGAUCGUUCUGUUGAAGACUCAGAGUUGUUUGGUUCCAAAAAGAAAGAGAAACGUCCUGGUUCACCGAAGCAGCAGAGUGAAAAGUCAAACACAAAGCCCCCGCUUCCUAAUAAUACUGCAGCAUAUUUCCGAAAAGGGGCUUAUCAUGAGUCACUGGAGUUUGUGAUGUCAUUAUGCGAGACUUCUUAUGGAUUAGUCGACGUGUUUCCUGUUGAAGAUCGCAAAAGUGCUCUCUGUGAGUCACUUGCAGAGAUUAAUUUGCAUUUAGCUGAAGCUCAAAAUACUGGAGGGAUAUGCUUCCCAAUGGGAAAGGGAUUGUAUCGUGUAUUUCAUAUACCUGAAGAUGAAGCUGUUCUGUUGAAUUCUAGGGAAAAGGCACCAUAUCUGAUCUGUGUUGAAGUUUUAAAAUGUGACAUGCCAAGCAAUACUAAGGAUACAUCUGGUGUGCAAAAGCUUUCCAGAGCAGGAAUUCCUCUGGCAAAUGGAGAUGCAUUUUUGCCAAAGCCGCCACCAUGGGCCUAUCCUUUGUGGACUGCCCAAGAAGCAUAUCGAAAUAGUAGUGACAGAAUGUCAAGAUCUACAGCUGAAGCUAUUGACCAGGCUAUGUCGCAUACCGUGGAGGCAAAAUUGAAAACUAUAAAUGUGACCCUCUCUGUCGAGAAGCAAGUGUCUCGCCAAUCAAUGAAUAUUCACCCUGGCUGGAACCACAGUAAUGUGCAUGAAAGAGCCGGGGAUGGUGGUGAUUUAGAAUGGGUAAGGGUAGUACUGACAGCAGACCCUGCAGUUAGAAUGGAAGACAUUGGGGACCAAGGACCGCUUCGUCGGAGGGAGCAUCGUCGUGUUCCCAGUACAAUUGCUAUGGAAGAAGUGAAGGCUGCUGCAGCCAAAGGAGAAGCACCUCCUGGCCUCCCUCUAAAAGGAGCUGGCCAAGAUUCAUCAGAUGCACAGCCAAGGGUUAAUGGAGGCACCCCUAAGCCCAGUGAUGCACUCUCUGGGGAACUUUGGGAGACAAAGAAAGAAAGGAUUCGUAAAGCUUCAGUAUAUGGGAAGUUACCUGGCUGGGACUUGCGCUCUGUUAUUGUAAAGAGUGGUGAUGACUGCAGGCAGGAGCAUCUUGCUGUCCAACUUAUUUCUCAUUUCUUUGAUAUAUUUCAAGAAGCCGGUCUUCCUCUGUGGUUGCGUCCCUAUGAAGUAUUGGUCACUUCUUCUUAUACGGCUCUUAUAGAGACAAUUCCUGAUACUGCCUCACUCCAUUCUAUCAAGAGUCGGUAUCUCGAUAUUUCAAGCUUGCGCGACUUCUUUGUUGCUAAAUUUGAGGAGAAUUCCCCGAGUUUUAAGCUUGCACAGAGGAACUUUGUUGAAAGUAUGGCUGGAUAUUCUCUAGUGUGCUACCUUCUACAGAUUAAGGACAGGCACAAUGGGAAUCUGUUGUUAGAUGAGGAAGGUCAUAUUAUACAUAUUGAUUUUGGAUUUAUGCUUUCUAACUCUCCUGGCGGUGUUAAUUUUGAGAGUGCACCUUUCAAAUUAACCCGGGAACUGCUCGAGGUCAUGGAUUCUGAUGCUGAGGGAGUUCCAAGCGAGUUCUUUGACUAUUUUAAAGUAUUAUGCAUUCAAGGGUUUUUAACAUGUAGGAAGCAUGCAGAGCGUAUUAUUCUUCUGGUCGAGAUGUUGCAGGAUUCCGGGUUCCCAUGUUUUAAAGGUGGUCCUCGGACAAUUCAGAACCUGAGAAAAAGGUUCCAUUUAAGUUUGACAGAAGAGCAAUGCGUCUCUUUGGUGCUUUCUCUUAUCAGCAGCAGCUUAGAUGCGUGGCGGACACGGCAAUAUGACUAUUAUCAGCGAGUAUUGAAUGGAAUAUUGUGAAGUUAAAUUUUCAUGGUAACCACAUUCUUUGCACCCCUUGACAAUCGGCAGUCAGUGAAGCAUAUUGAUUGGAGUCGCAUGUAAAUCAGUCAUGCAAGGGCAAUUGCUUCAUUGGCUUUGUGGCACUGGGGAUAUUGUCGAAGAUGCACCAGACGCUAACAUAACAUGGGCCUGUUUUAAGUUGGUGAGGCAUUUUUUAUUGUAUUGGCUGAAAUACUCCUAGGAAGUCGAGCAGGCUGAAUUUCCUUCGGUGAAGUCUUCUUUUUUCACAAUCUCCCCUUGCCAUUUAACAUGGGAUUAUGUUUACUUAAAAGGAAGAUGUCCACAUGUACAGACUGAUUGAUAUAAGGAUAGCAGACGAGAUAUCAAAAAGGAUUGUGAAGCCAGAAGUCGGACAAUCACAGGUCGAACAAUCCGCAUAGGUAGCAAGUGGCGCAUCAUGAAGCAAUCCAAGCAGCAUAUAUUCCUUAUUUUGUAUAUCUACCAUUUUGCAGUGAGGAGUUGCUAUAAGUUAGAAGAUUGACAGACGAAAGGUGGAUGGCCUGUUUUUCAUUUCUGGUGAGUCUUUGAACUUCAAUCCCUUGAUGCGUUCUUCGACGGUGCACGUACAUAAUUUGAGUUGACAUCCUAUUUUCUUUGAAGUGAAAAUUUUGUUUCUUGAAACUCCAAUCAUAAAUCAUGGUCUUGGUCGGAGUUGGAUUACGACCAAUUGUAAACUAGGUUGCAUAUGUAUGCUAGGUUUUCUUAGUAAUUGUUCAUUUUUUCUUUAUUAUAGGAAAUUCAUGUAUUUAUAUGAUAUAGAAACUUGAAAAGGUUUGGCUAUUGUUUACUGGUACAUAGUGGAAUAGUUUACUUCGAUCAACUGCUCCUGUGAUGUUAGAAUUCUGCAGAGACACUACUGUUAUUCUUAUGGCCUUUUCCUCA